CUUACUACUGCCUCUCUUCGACAGCAACUGAGCGGAAAAGCUGCCUCGGCCAUUUUGAAGAAGUUUCUCAGGCUGUUCGGGAUCACAUCUGAGGAAGGAAGCGAUAAAGAAAUCACCAGCGAACGGAAGCCAAAAAUUUUUCCCACACCACAGGAAGUCCGCGUUAUUGAUGUGCAAACCUAUCGAGACGCAGGGCUCUCAUAUAGGAAGGCGGAAUACCUGCAUUCCCUUGCCGAUAAAUUCAUUGAUGGAUCAAUAACAAGUGAAGGGCUUCUGAACAUGGACGACGAGGAGAUCAGCAAGCUGCUUUGUAGUGUCAAAGGGAUAGGACAGUGGACUGUGGACAUGUUUCUGAUGUUUGAUCUCAAGCGUCCCAACAUCCUACCCGUUGGCGAUCUUGGCGUGCGGAAAGGCAUGAGCCAGCAUUUCCAAAUGAAGGCAGGUGCUAAGAAAGGGAACAAGACGAAGAGCAGCGGGCCCGAAGAAAUGAUAGAAGCCGCCCAGGUAUGGGAGCCCUAUCGGUCAAUCGGGGCCUACUACAUGUGGCAACUUUUGGACAUCAAGACAGUGGAGAAAGAAAAGUAG